CAGUCUCACCUUCAAAGUCCCAGAGCCCAUUUUCCAUGCUAGGAGGGAAGAAGGUUCCAGAGGAAAGUGUUUCGGGUGGGCCACAGAAAGGAGAUGACCCUCCGCUGGUUGUCCACCCAACUUUGGAGACACCGUGUGAUGGGUCUCCUGAUGGCUUUGUGUGUCACCUUGUUUCUCAUGCUCCUGGCUACUCAGUCAUUGCAGCAUCCAAGCCACUAUGGUGGGCACAAGGGCCAUAAGGUGGAGGAGAAGGGAGCACUUUCCGACAAUGCUCCUCCAAACACCCCCGUCCCAUCCCACACUGCCCCUAACAGCAGGAAGGAGGUUCAGACACCCAAUCUGCAGCAUCAAAGAGAUCCCAAUGGGUACACCUUUAUGAGGACAAGGAGGAGCCCUCCACCUGUAGCUUUCCUCAAAACACACAAGACUGGAAGCAGCACUGUCCAGAAUCUGAUGUUCCGCCUUGGGGAGAAGGAGAACCUCACUUUCGCCUUCCCCUAUUACGCAUACCAGUUCAGCUACCCAGAUAGGUUCCGAGCAGACUUUGUAGAUGAGCUGCCACCGGGUUCCUCUCAGUUCGACAUGCUCUGCAGCCACAUGCGGCUGGACCUGGGACAGCUGAAACAGGUGAUGCCCAAGAACACUAUCUACAUCACCCUGCUGCGUGAUCCUCUACAUACCUUUGAGUCCGUUUUCAGCUACUACACUUCCACUGUACCUGCCUUCACUCUAGCCAAAAAGGCAGCUGACACAGCUAACAGGAAGUCAGCCCUCUCAGUCUUCCUGGAGGCCCCAGAGUCCUACUGGGACCCUACAGAACCUGGGAAUGGCCUAGCCAGGAACCCUAUGAGCUUUGACCUGGGCCUCAGCAGCCAAGAGUGGAACGCAUCCUGGCCCAUGGAGCUGACUCAGCUGGAGGAGGCCUUCCAGCUGGUAAUGAUUGCUGAGCACUUUGAUGAGUCUCUGGUUCUCCUGGGGGCUCUGCUGCAGCUGGAGCCUGAGGAGCUGGCCUAUGUGCACCUGAAUGUCCGCGCCCCCUCGGACAUCACCCCGAUAGAGGACGACACCAAGGCCAGGCUCUGGAACAGUCUGGAUGUGCUGCUCUACAACUUAUUUCUGCAGGUGUUCUGGGAGAAAGCUGAGCAGUAUGGCCUGGGGAGACUGAAAAGGGAGGUGAACCUACUGAGGGCCUCCACACAGAGGCUCAGACAGAAGUGUGUGGCCAGAGGAGGAGUGCCCCCUGGUGAGCUGGAGGACCUGGUCAGGCCCUGGCAGACCGACACAGUCACCAUCCUGGGAUACAAGGUACGAGGGAACCUGACUCUGCAGGAAGAGGGGCUCUGUGUGCGACUAGUGCUGCCUGAGCUACAGUACCACUCUCACCUGUAUUUCCAGCAGUAUGGCCAUGACAUGAGGUCCAUACCUACAGACUAAUGUGCAGCACUUUCCCUUUUAGAUACUACACUGCUCAGAACUUCUGCUUUUGAUGCAUUUUUCCAAUAAACCAGAAAUACUAACAUUGUUAGGUCUCUUUCCAAAUGUAUUAUUAAAUGUGGAUCUUGUUAAAAUACUAUAACGACCUUAAUUCAACUCCUAGAGACCUAACCAAGAGAUGAAGCUAAAAGAGGCAUAGUUCAGCCAUAAUCUGAGAGGAAGUGGCAUAGCUUUCUACUAGAAGCUUGAGGACAUUAUUUUAGCUACAAUCAUUACAUUUUUCAGUAAAAUUUUAAGAUUUUUUGGGGUGGGGAGAAAACUGAAGAGGGGUAUCCAACAAAUGUAUUUAUCAAGCCCUUUUUACAUCAGCAGGUCACAAAGUGCUAUACAGAAACCCUGCCUAAAACCCCAAAUAACAAACAAUGUAGAAGCACUGUAGGGUAUCCGUUAAACAUGUAAUAAGUGGCUAAAUAAGUGGCUUAGUGUUACACUGCUAGACCGAGAUACAAUCUUGGUCUAAGACCUGGGCUAAUGUCGUGGAUAUAGAAUAAUGUAUAGGGUUUGCAAACAACACAGACAGACAAAAUAGAAAGAGAGCACCUUCCAUUACCUUCCAUUAACCCUGCCUAAAACCCCAAAUAACAAACAAUGUAGAAGCACUGCAGGGUAUCCGUUAAAAAUGUAAUUCAAAUUUGUAUGGCCUAAACUAAAAUCAGUCUGAUAAAGUUGACUGAGUUACUGAGCUUUUAUUGAGUGCAUUGUGCCACUCAUUUUCCAUGUAAAAAAUAUUCAUUCCGAAAACAGGGCAAAUGCAACCCCAUAUUGCUCAGAAUGUGCCUCUUCGUUGAAAUUAUUAUUUUAUACUCUCCCCACUCAACCACAGAAAACCAACACAUCUCUAAGAAGACAAAUUGAUUCCUUCACCGGUUCCAUGUGCACGUCACAAGGUCUAAGGAAUCCAAUUUCCUAAUCCAUUCACAGAGCAGACAUCCUGUCACAUGAUGUCAAACAACAGCUCAGAGCCCAGAUUGUCCAGCAUUAGACUCAAUACAAAGUAGUUCAACAAAAGGUUGUUGUGGAGAGGACUAUGGGAUGAGCAGCCUAUCUACACAAUAAUGAAAUGGGGUCAGUUAGUGUCUUUCAGACAGGCAUAGAGUCACCCAUGACUUCAUGUAGAAUAAUAAACAAUGAAGUUGAAGGCAGGUUAUUUAACGUAAGAA